GCGGGACCGGGCGGCCGGAGCGCUGAGCCAGACAAAGGCUCAGGAGUUGCUCUUGCUCUCGGGGGCCGGGCCCCGAGCGCAGGGAGCCGAGCCUGCUGGACCCCGCGGUGGGUAGUUCCAACUGGCCCCCUCUCCCGCCGGCAGGAUCCGCGCUCGUGGACCUCCCCUGCUCGCUUCUCCUCUUGCUUGGGAAUUUGCCGAGGGGAAUCUAAGCCUCUCCGGCGGAGACCCGGAGCCAGCGGUCCGCGGCGCGCCUGCCGGGCCAGGAGCCAGGGAGCGUCGCAAGUUUCCGAGGCGCGUGCGAGAACCCCGCGCCCGCGAGCGAGCGAGCGAGCGAGCCCGGCGUGCAGCGCUUCCAGCCGGGCUGUGCGCGGAGAGCAUGGGCAGCGACCUGAGCGCGCCCGGACGGCCGGGCUGGACGGGUAGACUCCUUGGCGGCCGGGAGGCUGCGGCGCAGCAGCGACUGCUGCCGCUUCUGCUGGUGCUUCUGGGCUGUCUCGGCUGGGGCGUAGCGGCCGAAGAUGCAGAAGUCCAUGCGGAGAACUGGCUGCGGCUCUAUGGCUACCUGCCCCAGCCCAGCCGCCACAUGUCCACCAUGCGCUCUGCCCAGAUCCUGGCCUCGGCCCUCGCAGAGAUGCAGCGCUUCUACGGGAUCCCUGUCACCGGUGUGCUUGAUGAAGAGACCAAGGCGUGGAUGAAACGGCCCCGCUGUGGAGUGCCAGACCAGUUCGGGGUACGCGUGAAAGCCAAUCUGCGGCGCCGGAAGCGUUAUGCCCUCACUGGGAGGAAGUGGAGCAACCACCAUCUGACCUUCAGCAUUCAGAACUACACAGAGAAGCUGGGCUGGUACCACUCGAUGGAGGCGGUGCGCAGGGCCUUCCGCGUAUGGGAGCAGGCCACACCCCUGGUCUUCCAGGAGGUGCCCUAUGAGGACAUCCGGCUGCGGCGGCAGAAGGAAGCCGACAUCAUGGUACUCUUUGCCUCUGGCUUCCACGGGGACAGCUCACCAUUUGAUGGCAUGGGAGGCUUUUUGGCUCACGCCUAUUUCCCUGGCCCCGGCUUGGGCGGAGACACCCAUUUUGACGCAGAUGAGCCCUGGACCUUCUCCAGCACCGACCUGCAUGGGAAUAGCCUCUUCCUGGUGGCAGUGCAUGAGCUGGGCCAUGCACUGGGACUGGAGCACUCCAGCAACCCCAGUGCCAUCAUGGCACCAUUCUACCAGUGGAUGGACACUGACAACUUCCAGCUUCCUGAGGACGACCUCCGGGGCAUCCAGCAGCUCUAUGGCUCCCCAGAUGGUCAACCACAGCCCACCCGGCCUCUCCCCACUGUGACACCCCGGCGACCAGGACGGCCAGACCACCGGCCCCCCCGGCCACCCCAGCCACCACCCCCAGGCGGGAAGCCAGAACGACCCCCAAAGCCAGGUCCUCCAGCCCAGCCCCGAGCCACAGAACGGCCCGACCAGUAUGGCCCCAAUAUCUGCGAUGGGAACUUUGACACAGUGGCCAUGCUUCGCGGGGAGAUGUUCGUUUUCAAGGGCCGCUGGUUCUGGCGUGUCCGGCACAACCGCGUCCUGGACAACUAUCCCAUGCCCAUUGGGCACUUCUGGCGUGGUCUGCCUGGGGACAUCAGUGCUGCCUAUGAGCGCCAGGAUGGCCGUUUUGUCUUUUUCAAAGGUGACCACUACUGGCUCUUCCGAGAAGCGAACCUGGAGCCUGGCUACCCCGAGCCUGGCUACCCCAAGUCCAUCCUGCGGGACUUUAUGGGCUGCCAGGAGCAUGUGGAGCCAGACCACCGAUGGCCUGACGUGGCCCGUCCACCCUUCAACCCCGAUGGGGGUGCAGAGCCCGGGGUGGACAGUGAUGGCGCCGAUGGCGAUGUGGAAGGCGGCGAGGGGGACUUUGGGGCCGGAGCGGAUGGGGACAGGGACAGGGAUGGGGGCAGCCGCGUGGUGGUGCAGAUGGAGGAGGUGGUGCGGACAGUGAACGUGGUGAUGGUGCUGGUGCCGCUGCUGCUGCUGCUCUGCGUCCUGGGCCUCACCUAUGCACUGGUGCACAUGCAGCGCAAGGGCGCGCCGCGCGUGCUGCUCUACUGCAAGCGCUCCCUGCAGGAAUGGGUCUGACACCCACCUGCCCUCCUGUCCUCACGGUGCUCGGGGGCCUGUGGUUCUGUGGUGGCUCCUAGGGGCUCUCUGCAGCCCUCAAACAUCCCGGCAGUCCUGCUUUCCUUAUUUAUGCCCAGGGGGUUGGGGGGAGUGAGUUUUUUUUUUUUUUCCUUGUUUUUUGCACCUUAUGUGAGCAUUUGUUUUGCUUUCCUGACCAGGGCAGAAUGUUUAGAGUUUUCUAAAUGCAGUUCUGCUCUGGAUAGGGAUUCAGGUCCCCCCAUCCACCCUGGCUUGGCCGCAGCCACAGGAGCACGGGUAGAGGCCUACCUUGGAGCGUGGGCUGGCUCCUCCUCAGCCUGAGCCCUAGGAUCAUAACCAUGACCCUAUUUGCCCAGUUGGAGACUGGCCAGCCCAAAUGGAUCCCCACCCUCCUGAGUCUGGCCUUAGGAAGAGCUUUUCACCCAGAGGCAGCCCCAGGCCAGAGGAGAGGGUGUAGAGAGGUGGGCUACUGGCCUCUGCCUCGAGUUGAGGCUUGGUUCCUUCCCAGCCCACCUUGAUAGCUCCAGCAACCCUGAGAAGCCCAUCUGCCCCUAACCUGUGGCAGCCUCCAGUUCCCACAUGCCCUUUGGGCCCCCAUCUCCAUACCUCUCUGGAGAAGGGGCCCUGGGCCUGCCUUACCAAGGACCAAAGGGAAUCUGCCAAGGCCCUUCCUCCAAGAGUAGCACUGGCCUUGCCCUAGCAGAAACCAAGAGUGGAGUCUUCCCUCCUGCUCCCUGUCCCCCAGGGGACUGGGAGGACAGAUACUGGGAGGGCCAGGCCAGCAGCUCACUUCAGCCCCUCAUGCAGACUCUUAACCCCUAAAGGAGCCCAUUGUGGCCAAGGAGGCUCUCCUCCUGCUGGGCUCAGCCUGAGGGCGGGGAUGCUUCCUUCCUCAUUUUCCUUCCCAAAACAAGCAGGAAGCUGAGGCUGCCGUGGGAAAUGGUACUGUACAGCCGGCUCUGUCUCCCCUGCUCCCCCACAACCCUGAGCAAGUGGGGUGCCUGGGAGGACGGGAUUCUGCCGGCCUAUCUUCAAGUGGUGGCUUCUUGUGGGCUGGCACCAAGUAUGGGUCCAGCACCUCUCCCCACCUCUGUAGGACCAGAGAGCCAGCCAUGGGGUGGGGGUGGGGUCCAGUGUCCACCCACAUACAUUUUUUUCUGUAAAUAAUUUGCACUGAUUAAAGUGUACAGGCAGCGA